CGCACCAAGCCGAACAACCCCAAUCGCAAACCAAGCCUAACCAUGGUCCGUCCGGGUCCAUGGAUGAGGUUGAGGGAUGGGGGUCUACUCCCACGUCAUUUUCAUAUCAUAUCUGUACAACCCAGGAGUUGAAAGUUGAACAAUACUCCUUAUACUAGUUACUACUACUAUUAAAGAAUUAAAGACUAAACCACUGACCAAAAAGUCUGCCAAAAUUAGUACUGAAAGCUAAACAAAUUCUGCUUUUGUUUCUUAGCUAUUGUCCCAUUAUUCCCCUUCUCCAACUCUUCCCCCUUAUAAUUUUAAAUCCACUCUUCAUUUCCCAAACCUCCCUCCAAAAAAUCAAACUCCAUAAACUUAAUUCCUUCAUCUUUCAUCAAUGGCGGUCACAUUAAGCAGAGGAAGAAAUGAGCAACUUCAUCUUCAAAAAUUCAAAGAGAAAGAUGAUCAUAAACAAAAUCAUCAUCAUCAUCAUUUUAUUGAUCAAAAUCAGAAAAAAUCUACUGUUGUUGUUGUUCCUGUUGUUUAUUAUCUCUCUAGAAAUGGCCAACUUGAACAUCCUCAUUUCAUGGAAGUUCCUCUCUCUUCUUCUCAUGGCCUUUUUCUUCGUGACGUUAUUAAUCGCUUGAAUCUUCUUCGUGGUAAAUCCAUGGCUUCUCACUACUCAUGGUCCUCUAAAAGGAGUUACAAGAGUGGAUAUGUAUGGAAUGAUUUAGAGGAGAAUGAUUUCAUCCAACCAGUUCAUGGUGGAGAAUACGUUCUUAAAGGCUCUGAAAUACAAGUUGAAACAAUUUCACCAUCAACCGUUUCGAAACUUUCCGAAACGACGUCGUCGUCUUCUUCAACUGGUAAGAACACUCUAGAAGCUUCCAGAGUUUCCGAUUUUUCACCGGCGGUAAGAAUUCGUCGCCGGAAUCAAUCCUGGGGAGCGAUUGACCUGCACGAGUACAAAGUCUACAAAACCGAGUCAACUCACGAGUUCGCCGGAAAAGCAGCGGCGGACGCGUCAACUCAAACGAACGACAAACGGAGUCGAAUAAGAAAGGCAAUGCUCAUCAAAGAAGUCGAUGAACACGAAGAACAACAAAGAGAACGAAGAGGUGAUAAAAUUUUACAAGCCGAACAACAGCACCAGCACAGUAGUGCUGGUGCUUUUGCUAGUACUACUACAGAACUAAGUAGGGAAGAAAUUUCACCACCACCAUCUGAUUCAAGUCCUGAAACAUUAGAAUCAUUGAUGAAAGCUGAUGGAAGAUUGUUAAUCCAUGCAUCAUCAUCAUCAACUUCAUCAUCACAAGCAGUUAAUAAUCAAUGUGAUCUUAAUAAUAAUAAUCAAAUGGUUGGGAGUUGUCCAAGUGGUAGAAUGAAAGCAUCUACAGUUUUAAUGUCUUUGAUCUCCUGUGGUUCAUUAUCUUUUAAAGAUUGUGGACCCACAGCAGUGAAAGACCAUGGAUUCUCUUUGAUUUCUCAUUAUAAGACUAGAGUGCCACGUGGCGGGAAUCAAACGGUGGAGGGAAAUCAUGGGGAUAUGAUGAUGAUGAUGGAGAUUGAAAAUCAUGUAAGUAGUAGUUUUGCUAAAAUGGCAAUUGAAGAUAAAGAGUAUUUUAGUGGGAGUUUAAUAGAGACAAAAAAGCAAGAAUUUCCUACUAUGCUCAAGAAAUCUUCAUCUUACAAUGCUGAUAGGAGCUCGCAUUUGAAGUUGGAGGAGAAAGAAGUUGAAGGAGUGAGAGCAAAGUGCAUACCGAGGAAGCUAAGGACUCAAACAAGUACAAAUAAGAAAGAAUGUGAUGCAGAAAUUAGUCGUGCUAGUGAAGACAAUAGCAAAGAAGGAAAUUGAAUUUAAGCACACUCAUCAUUGACUUUAUAAUAUUAUUAGGAGUUCAUGUAAUGUGAUUUUCUCUAAUGUAUGACCUACGAGAUUAUUAGUGGGUGAUGUUAGGAAGAACUGAUAUAAUUAUGACGGAGCCACAUAGCAAGUUAUGGGAUCAA